UGGCGAAGGCCUGUAUGGGCAUGGGCCCGGAGUGGGUAUAAAAUGAACCUACGCUGCACUGGGGACACGCAUUCCACUGGUCUCCGUCAACAACUGAAGACUUCACCAUGAACAUGUGGAUGCUGGCGCUCGCCGUCGUGGCGGCAGUCAACGCUGCCGAUAUGCCCAUGCCAUACGACUACGCUUACGGAGUCAACGGAGAAUCAACGGGGGACAUCAAAGCACACAAGGAGACAACGAGUCCAGAGGGCCGCACGGAGGGAGAAUAUCGUUGGUUGCAGCCAAAUGGACUCUACAUAGUAACUCGUUACUUCAUUGAUGGCGAAAGUGGGUAUCAAGCAACUGUUAGCGAAGAAGAAGGCCCCAGCAUAGCUAACUUCUACUCAAAUAGUCAAGAUUUACCUGUAAAUUUGCUCAGUCAAUUAAGCCAGCAAACCAUUAACUCUCAACAGAACUUUAACUCUCAACAAAGUUCUGGCUCCCAGCAGAGCUUUGGGUCACAAUUUACUGGAAGUCAGUCAAAUGGUUUCAGCCAGACAGGGACAAGUGGUGUGCGUCAGGCAGGAUUAGCUGGUCAACGGUUGACAGGAUCCAAUAGUUUUAGUCAGAGAGUUACAAAUACUAAUAUUGGCCAAUUAGGAUCAGCUGGUUUCAACCAGGCAGGACUAGGUUCUACGUCACGUCAAACAAGUACAUCCAGUUUUAGCCAGACACAAUCAGGUGGACUAGUGACAGGAUCAAAUAGAUUUAGUCAGGCAGGAGCAAGUGGUCAACGUUUGGGUGGAUUAAGUGGCAUUACUCAAACUGGAUCAGCUAACCAAUUCAGUCAGACAGGCACUCUUGGUCAACGUGUUACUGGAUCAAGUAGCUUCAGCCAGUCAGGAUCAAGAGGUCAAUUGACCGGAUCAGCUGGUUUCAUCCAAAGGGGAUCAAGUGGUCAACGUGUGACUGGAUUAAAUGGUCAAAGUGUGCCUAAUCCAACCAGCUUCAGCCGAUCAGGGUCAAGUGGUCAACUGACUGGAUCUGCUGGGUUCACCCAGACAGGAUCUAGUGGUCAGCGUGUGAUUGGAUCAGCUGGAUUUAGCCAGGCUGGUUUUGGUAGUCAACGUACAACUGGAGCAAGUGGUCAGCGUGUGACUGGAUCAACCGGUUUCUCUCAGACAGGAUCAGGUCAGCAAGUGACUGGAUCAACCAGUUUCACCCAAGCAGGAGCAAGUGGUCAAGGUGUGACUGGUUCAUCUUUUGCUCAGUCUGGAACAAGUGGUCAGUUGUCUGGAUCAGCUGGCUUCACCCAGACAAGUUCUAAUGGUCAACUUGUGACUGGAUCAGCUGGUUUAAGCCAAGCUGGAUUAGAGAGUCAGCGUGCAACUGGAUCAAGUGGUCAGCGUGUGACUGGAUCAACCAGUUUCUCUCAAGCAGGAUCAAGUGGUCAACGUGUGACUGGUUCAACUGGCUUCAGGCAAUCUGGAUCAGCUGGUCAAUUGAAUGGACCUGCUGGCUUCACCCAGACAGUUUCUAGUGGUCAGCGUGUGACUGGCUCAACCUUUAGCCAAUCUGGAUCAAGUGGUCAAUUGUCUGGAACACCUGGCUUCACCCAGACAGUUUCAAGUGGUCAGCGUGUGAGUGGAUCAACCAGUUUCAACCAAGCAGGGGCAAGUGGUCAACUUGUGACUGGUUUCGGUCAGUCAGGAUCAAAUGGUCAACAGACUGGAUCAACUGGCUUUGGAUUCGGUGGUCAACGUGUGACUGGUUCAACUGUUUUCAGCCAGUCUGGUGCAAGUGGUCAACUAUCUGGAUCCACUGGCUUUAGUCAAUCAGGCUCUGGUAGCCAACGUCAAACUGGAUCAACUGGCUUUAGUCAAUCAGGCUCUGGUAGCCAACGUCAAACUGGAUCAACUGGCUUUAGUCAGCUGAGCUUCAAUGGCCAGAAGGUGACUGGGUCAACUGGUUUUAACCAGGCUUCAAAUGGCCUUAGUCAGUCUGGAUCUCAAGGCAUCAUUGCUGGAUCAAAUGGAUUUAGUCAGGGUGUGACUGGAUCAAGUGGCCAAAGUGUGACUGGGUCAGCUGGCUUUAGUCAGACAAAUUCAGCUAAUCAAGCCACCUUGGGAUCUACUACCUUUAGCCAGGCUGGAUCAGGUAGCCAACGUUUAUCCGGAGCAAAUAGCUUUAGUCAGACAAAGUCAAGUGGAUCUGGCAUCAGCAGUUCCUCAAGUUCACAGGCAAGUUUCAGUUCUUCACAAAACAAUGCUGGGCUCAAGAGCAUUGCUGUAGUACUGGCAGGAUCACCUGAAGCUUCAAAAUUGUUGAACUAAGAGUGAGAAAGGCAAACUUGGCAAAACGAUUUACUGUUUAUAUGAAUGAAGAUGGAGAGGAUGUAACAGGCUGCGAAAUGAAACGAAAUGCUUUGUUAAACUGGCUGAUAAUCUGAUAUACGACAAAGAAAGGAAAUGUACUAUGUAUGAGGUAUGCAUGACAAAAUAAAAGCACCAUAAGCAA